AUGGAUAUCGAUGAAGAUGAUGAUUUUUAUGCGCCCGAAGAGAGUGCGCCACUUUCUUUAAACCAAGUCGCUCCAAAAGAAGCUGCGCAGCCCGAAGUCAAAGACGAACAACAGGAUGAAGAUUUAGAGGAGGGCGAGGAGGAAGAUGAGGACGAGGAUAGUGACUCGGAUAUAGAUAUUAUCACAGAAAAGAAAGAUGGUGCUCCGCCGUCCACAAAGCCUCAAGGCACAAAAUAUGAUAAACUGCCCGGUAGUGAUGUUCCAAGCCAUACGAAAUCCACGGCCGAAGCAGAUGAGAAAACUCCCGCCGUGAAAGCAGAAAAAGUAAAGAAGGAUUCCGAGACUCCAGCGAUAUCUGGUGCAGAAUUACCUGGACUGGCGAUAUCAAAAAUUGAUGUAAAUGCAAAGCCCAUGUACGAGCCAGCCGGAAAACCAAUCACACAAAUCAAUAUCGAUGAAGAUCUCAACGAGAACGACAAACCUUGGAGAAGACCCGGUACCGACAUAUCUGAUUACUUCAACUACGGUUUCGAUGAAUUUACCUGGGCCCUCUACGCCAACAAACAAGAAUCAUUGCGCUCAGAAUUCGACCCCAAUAAAAUCGCACAGAAUAAUAAGAAAAUGUUCGAGGAUAUGAACAUGAUGAUGGCUAUGGGUGGAAUGCCGGGAAUGCCAGCUGGAGGUGGUAUGCCUGGGAUGGAAGGAAUGACACCAGAAAUGAUGCAGCAAAUGCAACAGAUGAUGGCAGCGGGUGGAAUGGAUCCUAGCCAGAUGGACCCCUCGAUGUUUGGAGGCUCGAAUUCGGCGGGAGGUGCGGGGGGAUUUGGGGGAGGUCAAUUUGGUGGUGGAGGGUUUGAUCAAGGCAUGAUGGGUUCUGGAGGUGAAAAUACUAAUAGGGGAGGUUUUGGAAGAGGCAGAGGUAGAAGAGGAAGAGGAAAUUGGUAA